AAUUUCGUUCAAGUGAACACCUAUAUUCCCCAACCCAUGGAAAACGAUGUCGUAGUUGUGGUGGUGCCUUUUGUAGCACAAGGUCAUCUCAACCAACUACUCCACCUCUCCCGUCUUCUUUCCGCCUAUAAUCUACCGGUCCAUAUCGCCGGAACCACCACCCACAACCGCCAAGCGAAGCUUCGUAUCCACGGCUGGAACAUCAACUCCGACACAAAUAUCCACUUCCAUGAGUUUGAAACACCUCAGUUCGAAUCUCCUCCUCCAAACCCUAAUUCCUCCACAAAAUUCCCAUCACACCUUAUCCCAUCAUUCAAAGCAUCAUCUCGUCUACGCGAACCUUUCGCAAAACUACUCGCUAAUUUCUCUAACACUGCGAGGCGAGUCAUAGUUGUUCAUGACUAUCUAAUGAGCCCAGUCGUGCAAGAUGUAGUUUCAUUUCCAAACGUAGAAGCCUAUGCAUUUCAUGCUGCAUCGGCUUUUACAACUUUCUCAUACGUUUGGGAAUAUAAAGGAAGCCCAUGUUUGGAUGAUGUUGAAUGCUAUAACCAACUUACAAAGAUCCCAAUUAUUCAAGACCUUAUGCCACAGGAUUUUAUUGAAUUUGUUCGUUCUCAUGUUGACUGCGAGAAGUUUAAUUCUGGCAAUAUUCACGAUACUUGCAAAGUAUUCGACCGUAAGUUCAUCGACUAUCAUUCGAAAGAAGGAUUGUGUGGUAGCACAAAGCAAUGGGCACUAGGCCCUUUCAAUCCAGUGUCCAUAAACAAUAACCAAGACCCUACAAAACGCCAUAAGACACUCGAGUGGCUCGAUAAACAAGCUCAAGACUCGGUGAUAUACGUUGCAUUUGGGUCCACCACUUCAUUUUCCAAUGAGCAGAUUCGAGAACUUGCUAAUGGAUUAGAGAAGAGUGGACAAAAGUUUAUAUGGGUGCUAAGAGAUGCUGAUAAAGGUGAUAUCUUUAAAGGUGAAUGUAGGCAUAUUGAAUUGCCAAAAGGGUUUGAAGAAAGAGUUGAAGGAAAAGGUUUAGUGGUGAGGGAAUGGGCACCACAGUUAGAGAUAUUGGCUCAUAACGCAACAGGCGGAUUCAUGAGUCACUGCGGUUGGAAUUCGAGCAUGGAGAGCAUUACGAUGGGUGUUCCGAUUGCGGCUUGGCCUAUGCAUUCAGAACAACCAAGAAACGCUACACUAAUAACAGAGGUUUUAAAGAUUGGUGUGAACGUAGGGGAUUGGGGGCGUGAUGGUGAGGUGGUAAUAUCUUCAGUUAUUGAGGAAGCUAUUAGAAUAUUGAUGGAUUCUGAUGAGGGCAAUGAGAUGAGGAAGAGAGCCAAGAAAAUUGGUGAAGAUGUUAGACAAUCUGUGGAAGAAGGUGGUGUUACACGCAUGGAGAUCGAUGCUUUUGUUGCACACAUCACAAGACAAUGAAUAUGUGAAAGUUAGCUAAAGUAUUUUAAAAAUUAGUGUUCAUCACUAUGUGAUAAAAUCUAUGGUGGUUGAUUCAGUGUUGUCUGGAAAAUUAAAAGUUUUGAUUCAGUCUAUAGAAAGAAAUAAAAUUUGCUUUUUUUUUAACGGAAAA